AUGGCUAGCCCUAAUGUUCUUACCUUUGAUGCUGAGGGGCGUGCGGUUGACUUUGACGUGUGGGUUGACGACCUACAGCUCUUUCUUCAGUGUGACUCCAAGGACGGAGUAUCCCUUUUCGAUCACACGUCUGGUGUCUCUCCUGCACCUGCUGCCACUGCUGACAGUACGGUUCGCUCGCAGUGGACCACUCGUGAGGCUGUUGCUCGCCUUGCUGUUCAUAGUCACCUGCCGUCUGCUGAGCGCGCGCACUUUGGCCAGUACAAGACUGCUAAGUCUUUGUAUGACGCUGUCGUAGCGCGCUACUCCUCCCCUGCCACUGCUGCCCUCAGCCGCCUCAUGCUGCCGUACCUGUUCCCUGACCUUGCCGCCUUUGCCACAGUCGCUGACCUCAUUACUCACCUCCGCACUAGUGACGCCCGCUACCGCGCUGCGCUUCCCACUGAGUUCUGUGCCAAGAACCCCCCCUCCAUGUACAUCACCCUCUACUACCUAGUCACCCGUCUCCCUGACUCCCUUUCUUCAGUCAGGGACCACUUUCUCUCCCUUUACCCCACCGAGCUCACCGUCGACCUGCUAGAGGAGCGCCUCACUGCAGCUGAGAAGAGUAUCGUUGCUGUAGGUGCUUCUCGCGGCGACCCUCGCGCCCCUUUCUUUGAGGGGUGUUCCCCUGUCCCCCUUCUCCCCUCUGUUGCUUCUGCUGCUGCUGUCGACCUCGUUGGCUUUGAGGAGGUCGGGGCUGCGUCUGCUCCUAGUGGGAGGCGCCGCAACAGCAAGGGCAAGGGGGGCAAGGGUGGUGGAGGGGACGGUGGGGGCGGCGGUGGAGGCGGUGGAGGAGGCGGAGGGGGUGGCGGUGGAGGUGGGGGUGGUGGCGGGAGUAGGGGCGUCGGUGGCGGCGGUGGGGGUGGUGGAGGCAGCGGCAGCGGCGGUGGAGGCAGCGGCAGCGGUGGUGGAGGUGGCGGCGGCGGUGGUGCUGGUCGAGGUGGAGCCGCGCAGCGUGGAGGCUUUGGUGGUACGAGUGAGUCUGCUGCUCCAGGUGCUGGUGAGUCUGCUCUCUUUGGUACUGCACCUACAAAGGCCUUCCACACUUUCACACUUGACCCCGGUGCUUCGCGCUCCUUCUUUCGCGACAGCACCACACUCACACCGCUCAGUCGGCCAGUCGCAGUCUCCCUGGCUGACCCCUCUGGGGGCCCGGUCCUUGCGCACUCCUCCACGGUUUUACCGUGUCCUGCGGCCCCGUCGGGCUUGCUGUCGGGACUCCACCUCCCCUCGUUGUCUACGAACUUGGUCAGUGGAGCUGACCUCCAGGACGUGUGGGUUGACCAGUUCACCCCUGGAGGUCAGCGGGUGACCCACUGCACUUGCUCUCGGACGGGCCGCCACCUGGCCACGUUCACCCGUCGGCCUGGGUCGAGUCUGUACACACUGACUACUGCGUCUCCUCCGGUCACUGCGUCUGGUCAGGUAGCCGCGUCUGGUCAGGUGUUUGCUGCCGCGUCCAGGUCUAGUCCGGCGUCUGCCCCCUGCUCGUGUCGUCCUCUGUCACACGAGACUCUCCUUUGGCACCACCGCCUUGGUCACCCCUCCCUGCCUCGUCUUCGAGGUAUGGCCUCCCGUACCCUUGUCUCUGGUCUCCCCCGGUCCCUCCCUCCCCUUCCUCCGGGGCCGGCCCCUACCUGUGUUCCUUGUGUUGAGGGCCGGCAACGCGCCGCUCCUCACUCUUCCGAGUUCCCUCCGACAGAGGCUCCCCUGCAUACUCUCCACAUGGACGUGUGGGGCCCAGCCCGCGUCCGUGGACAGGGUCACGAGCGUUACUUCCUGCUGGUCGUUGACGACUACUCGCGUUACACCACAGUCUUCCCCUUGCGCCGCAAGGGUGAGGUCACUGAGGUGUUGAUCGACUAG